AUGUUCUUAUCCUUGUCUCUAGACAUUACGCUCCAUAUACUGUCCUAUUUGACCCUUCCUGACAUAGCGAAGCUCUACCGUCUGUGCUGUCAUACUCGACGCUUUCUCUGCGACAAUGAAGACGCCAUCUAUCAUCAGUUUGCUGUCCGGCUUCAUUUCGUGCCCCAGGGAUGUGGUUUAGGCGAACUCAUAGCAAAGAAUCCGGUGUGGUUGAAGGAUGUCAAAACUUGGAAAGACCUCUACGAACGAUGGGUCGUUCUCAAUCAUAAUUGGUCAGGCCGCGGAACCGUGACGCAAGGCGGAUACUUGUGGUACGGCUCUGACGAUGUACGAUACUUCAAAGUCGACGAGCAGGACCAAACUGUUCUUGCUAUCACCGCUACGGAGCCCCUAACGCUCACUGUACGCGACAUUGAAGAUGGCACGCUUUUCUGGUGCCUCGAAGGGGUGACCAAAGUAGAGUUAACUGAUAGAUUCAUGCUUGUCUGGGGCAGGCGCCAGGGGGUCGAAAUAUGGCGGAGGGCCAACUACGCGCCUCAUGAAAAGGUCCGAAGCUCCCUCAGAGAAUUAUCGACGCUCUCUGUUUUGCCAUCCCAGCUGCAGCAAUCUACGCCAGCGUUCGCUCCCGAGACAAUCUGGGCAAAGCGCGGUGUCUAUGUCUUCCACGGCUUCCUGCGCCCUACUGUUGGUCUCCCGUUCCUCACUUACCGAUUCAAGGGAAGUCUGGCCGCCGUAGUGGACACGUCGGAGAUGCACACUGUCAAACUAUACAAUCUGGAAGAGGGUGCUCUCGUGCGGUCUUUUGAUCUGAAUACUAUCAUCCAUCAGAAUAUCGGCACGCAAGAGCUUAGAGUUGAACCUGCAAGCUUUGUGUUGCUCGAUAUUGAUCUGUCAACAGACCACCUGUGCGUGGCUUUCGACUGGGCGCUCGUUGUCGUGCCAUUGGAGGACGCCCCCGCCGCGGGCUCCGUGAUAGUCUUCAGUGACAGGAGGGCUCCACUCGACGUCCGACGGUCCGGCCCUCGUUUGGUUCGGUCCGAAGACCGCGGUACUUCAAAAUCCGCGACCUGUAGCGUCUUGGAUAGGAAGAAUAAGGUCUUCACAAUUCCUUCCGGUGCAGGCUCACAGGAGACUUUCACCGUGGCUCUGCCCAAUACGUCAGGAACCAACCUCACCCCCGAAGACGCGUGGAGACCGGGGGCCGAGUGGAGUCCUUGCUUCGUCUCAGGUAUGGUUUCUUUGUGGUGA